AAGCUGCGUCAAUCUCAGGAAGUAUUGAUGAUGUCACAGUGGAUAAGCUGCUCUGAUCCAAUGAGAACUGACCGUCCACUUCUCAGCAUCAGUCCAGAUGAUGAAGAGGCUCAACCGCAUAUAUCCUCACUGUGGAGCUACAGCUCCUUCAGCAAUACUCUCUUCUUUGUUUUGCCUUUGUGCAGUUCUCUUGCACUUCAAUGCUGCUUUGCAUGAAAACUGUUAUAAACUUGUGUGUUAAAAAUUAAAAGUUGUAGUGUGGCAUAAAAUGUCAGAGGCUGCCAGAAGUUAGCAGAUGACCUUUUCGUUUUUCUCAGAGUAUUUAAGUUCGAAACACUGGGCUGUAUAUAUA